ACGUCACACGAGCGCGCCGGGCGUGUAAAGGGGGCGUGAUCUGCUGAGAAAGAGGAGAAAAGAUGGCGGCGGCCCUGGGGCAGCGGUCUCUACGGUUACUGAGCGCAGUCCCGUCGUGGCGGAGCAGCCUCUGUCACUGUGGAAAUACUUCCCUGUGCCAUUACCUACAGUCCUUAUGGAAGUUGCCCCUUCGAGCCUUCAACACAGAUACCAGGAAAAUUCACACUGCCACUGCCCGAACAUUAUUCCGGUUGCGCCCCUUGCCCAUUCUGUUAGCAACUGGUGGCGGUUAUGCAGGGUACCGGCAGUAUGAGAAGUACAGGGAACGAGAGCUGGAGAAACUGGGACUGGAGAUUCCACCCAAACUUGCUGGUCACUGGGAGGUAGGAAUAAGGUUGCACUUCCCCCAGCUGGCCCUGAGGAGAAGGCUAGGCCAGCUGAGCUGCAUGUCCAGACCCGCCCUGAAACUGCGCUCCUGGCCCUUGACUGUCCUCUACUACCUCCUGCCCUUUGGUGCCCUCAGGCCACUCAGCCGGGUGGGAUGGAGGCCUGUGAGCAGGGUGGCCCUGUACAAGUCAGUGCCAACACGUUUGCUGUCACGGGCCUGGGGUCGCCUCAACCAGGUGGAGCUGCCGCACUGGCUGCGCAGGCCUGUCUACAGUCUAUACAUCUGGACCUUCGGGGUGAACAUGAAGGAGGCUGCUGUGGAGGACCUGCACCACUACCGCAACCUCAGCGAAUUCUUCCGGCGCAAGCUGAAGCCACAGGCCCGGCCUGUCUCCGGGGUGCACAGUGUGAUCAGCCCAUCAGAUGGUAAGAUCCUCAACUUCGGGCAGGUGAAGAACUGUGAGGUGGAGCAGGUGAAGGGGGUAACUUACUCCCUGGAAUCGUUCCUGGGCCCUCGCACCUUCAUGGAGGACCUGCCUUUCCCCCCAGCCUCCUCACGUGAUUCCUUCAGGAAUCAGCUGGUCACCCGGGAAGGGAAUGAGCUCUACCACUGUGUCAUAUACCUGGCCCCUGGGGACUACCACUGCUUCCACUCCCCCACUGACUGGACUGUCUCCCAUCGGCGCCACUUCCCAGGCUCUCUGAUGUCAGUGAACCCUGGCAUGGCCCGCUGGAUCAAAGAGCUCUUCUGCCACAAUGAGCGGGUGGUCCUGACAGGAGAUUGGAAACAUGGCUUCUUCUCGCUGACAGCUGUGGGGGCCACCAAUGUGGGCUCUAUCCGCAUCUACUUUGACAGGGACCUGCACACAAACAGCCCAAGGUAUAGCAAGGGCUCCUACAACGAUUUCAGCUUUGUGACGCAUGCCAACAAGGAGGGAGUCCCUAUGCGCAAGGGUGAGCACCUGGGCGAAUUCAACUUGGGCUCCACCAUUGUGCUCAUCUUCGAGGCCCCCAAGGACUUCAAUUUCAGGCUGAAAGCAGGACAGAAGAUCCGCUUUGGGGAGGCACUGGGCUCCCUCUAGGUCUUCCUCCUGCCUAUGACUGCCAAGGGAUCUUUACAAAGGAACAUGAGGGUCUUUUAUAGAAGCCCCCAGGGGUUCCCAGGCAAGGGAAUCACCUCAGGUGUGUGUGUGGCGGGGGAGGGUUGAUCCAGUAGAACCUGAAUGAUUCGCUUCUGCCUGUCCCAGAGGUAAAGAUGAGAUUUUGGCUCCUUCUCACGAGGCAGCCAGGGCUCCUGUAAUGCCUGAGUCCUACCCUACAGAGAGAAAAAGUAUAGGUAUGGAUGACCUCACAUUUGGAUCUUUUAAAUACUGUAUAAACUGGAGACUCUGCAUCUCCUGGUUGAGUGUUCAGUUGGUCUUGGAUAUUGCUAGUAGAUGGUAAGUGCGAACAUGCCCCCUAGCUGUUCCUCCCCAUAAUUAACUGGGAAGUUUUGCUGGCCCCUUUGGCAUGGACUUUGUGGACUCACACUCCCUCCCAGAGCAGGCCACAUGGUCUUCAUGACAACCACUGUUUCCAAAUCUGCCUCACCCUGCUUGAUGGAAAAGCAAAAUCUUUUCAUUUGGGGCUGAAUGCUUUGCCCUGGACUCUGCCAGGAUCUUCCAAGGAUGGUGACUAUGACAUGGACCUUUGCAGACCCUGAGGAGUGACCUUCCAGAGCUUCCUUGCAGCAGGCAAGACCAAUUACUGCCCCACCUGGUGGCCAGAAUGAAUGGGGCAGGCAGGGGGUCGAAGCCUAGUUGGGGAUUGAGGAACUGGUGUCCCUGUCUCCAGAUCCAGCCUUACAGGAAGUAGGGGAAAUUGCUGCUGCUGUUCCAAGGACUGUGUUGAAAGCUAUUGGUGUAUGGUGGGUCAGUACUUAGAAAAACCUGUCCCAGGUGACAGAUUUGCAGGCCUUGAGCCCAGUGGUGGGGAUAGAACCAGGUUUCAUGUUGAUCCUGGGGAUGCUGCAAAUUUCUCCCGCAGGAGAAAUCAUUGAAAUUUUUCAACUGUAUCAGUAGCACAGUAUUUUUGUAUGAAAAGUGGGAGACUUCUGAACAGUAAUUCAUUUAAUUGCAAGACAUUUUGAAAUAAAAAAAAAAAAAGUUUGAAACUCA